UACUUUGUUGUGUUGGUUACAACUUGAACCUUUGGUGUUGUGUGUAGUUGCAAAAAAUGUUAAGAGAAACGAACACUACAGAAAAGAAGACAACGACACAAUGCGCGGCUUUGCAGCUUCCUCAGAGUCACACUCGGCUUACCUAUUCCCUCAAUCAACACCUUCAUGUUCUAAUUCCAUUGCCAUAACCAACUCCUCCCUCUCAUUCUUCCACCCUUUUCAUUUCAAGACCCUUUCCACUCCACCUUCUCCCAAACCAUGCUCAUUGAAGGUCACACCCUUCUUCUGCAGUGCUUCCAAAUCCCAUCCUACCUCUUUGGAUGAUGAUGAUGAUGAUGAUGAUGGGAAUUUGUUGGUGGCAGAGGAUGAUGGGUCAGGAGAAUCCUUAGCUGAAGAUGGGGUGUACAUAGAAGUGAUGAAGCUGGAGAAGAACUCAUGCAGAAUUCAAUCAAGGAUUUCCAUUGAAGCUCCUCUUGCUUCCAUUUGGACCAUCUUGACCGAUUAUGAAAGGUUGGCUGAUUUCAUUCCUGGACUUGCUGUCAGCCAAUUGCUCCAAAAGGGUGACAACUUUGCUCGUCUUUUGCAGAUUGGCCAGCAGAACUUGGCAUUUGGGAUAAAAUUUAAUGCUAAAGGAAUUGUAGAUUGUUUUGAGAAGGAAUUGGAGACUCUUCCUUCUGGUAUGAAGCGUGAAAUUGAAUUCAAGAUGAUUGAAGGAGAUUUUCAACUCUUUGAAGGAAAAUGGUCUAUUUUGCAGCAAUUCAACAGUGGAAGUUGUGAGGAGUCUCAAGUAGGAGAAGUUAGUACUACUCUCUCGUACAUUGUUGAUGUUAAACCAAAGCUGUGGUUGCCAGUGCGUCUCAUAGAGGGUAGACUUUGCAAUGAGAUAAAAAUGAACCUUGCAUCCAUCAGGGACGAAGCUCAAAAGGGCACUAAUAGUAGUGUGCAUACACAUCAAUUCGAUUGAGUUAUGUAAUUAAUGAUAUAUUGUGGAUCAUAGAAAAAAUGAAUACAAGUAACCAUAGUUCACUUUGUAGAGCUGCAUGCUUGGCCUUAUCUUUUAAUGUUUCUUGUUUUCAAAGAUUUGUGUAAGAAUAAUUGUAAGGAUUUUUUUUCAUUAUUUCUUAUAUGAACUUUUU